ACCUUUUUUCAUCUGCGGUGGACCUAGUCUCUUGGAUAUAUCGCUAUGGCAAUGAAAUUAGUAUUCUGCAUCCUUGCUCUUAUUGCUACUCCAGCUUUAGCUGUGAGCAGUAGCCAAAUUAAAGCGGCAUUAGAUGGCUUUUGGAAUGUCGAUUACAAUCGUGCCUAUGCUGGAUCUGAUUUCCACAUCUCUAAGCAAUCUACAACUACUAGCUCCAGCACAAGUGACAAAUCUUCUCAACCACUUUUCCAAUACGUAAACGAAAAUAAAAUUUUCGCCAGGCCAACUUAUGCCAAAUAUAUUGCCUUAAUGGACAACUACGUUCAUUGCACUGGUACUACUGAAAACUACUCCAACAAUGAAGUCAAUGAAAUCUGGGCUUUCUUGGAUGAAAUCAUGAAAACCCAAGUAAUGAAGGAUGCUCAUUCUUUCUUGGUUUCACAUGGUCUUGCUUCAUCAAACGUUGCUACUUUCAAAGAUGAAUUAUAUGAAAUCUGGUUUGAACCCUACCAGAGAAAAGUUUCCGGAGACACUUCUGGUUUCGAACACGUUUUCGUUGGUGAAUUGAAAUGCAGCUCCAGUGUUACUGGAUUUCACAGUUGGAUCCAAUUCUACUUGGAAGAAAAAGCCAAUAACCUCAACUACCACGGUUACAUUGGAACUUACCCCAAAAACACUCCACGUGUUUUGACUCUCCAAUUUAAAUGGUACAAUAUGAUCAAGAAGAUCGGCGGUGGUUUCAUUGGUACUAGCCCCGAAUAUGAUUUCGCUGUCUACUCUACUUGCUUUAUUGCUACUGGUGGUGGCAAAUGCUCUAUGUACGUUGACCAGCUCAACCUUAAUAUCCAAACUUGGAAGAAUACUGGUACCGGUAGAGUCGCUUCCGCUUAUCCUAUCGUUUUGUAAUUAAACGAUCGUAGUUACUUUAUAUUAGUAGUAUUGAUUGCCGCGCAUCAUGCCAGUAACACUUAUGGUGAAUGGCAUCGCGGUAAAUUUAGAUUUUUAGCUUGAAUCUGACCUCAGAAAUUAGCUAGAUAAGUUGGCUACUAAUAAAGAAUAAUUUG